CAAUGGUUUGAUAAUACAGUAUCAGUUCUACUUAUCCACAAUCUUCUACCCACUAUAAAAGGAAAUAUUGCCAUGGCAGCUACUAGAACCCGAGCUUCGGCAAUGAUGUUGAAAUCGAUGAUGGAUUCCGCCAAGAUGAAACAUCUGGCUAGGAGCCAUCUUUUCUUGAGUCCACAAGCAGGAUUGAAACGAAACAGUUUCUGGAGAGAAACAAUGGAGAGUGAUGUCUUGGUGUAUGAUUUUCAAGACGGUUGUCCUCCUGGUGAAAGGGGCAAUGUUGUAAGUAUAGAGAGUGUAGUAUGUAUACGGUGUUCGAAUUUGGCAUUUGAAACCCGAAAUCGGGUUGUCAGUUCUCUCUUCCCUGUUCUCGUCUAUUUUGAUCUGUUAGGAACAACAUGAGUAACAAAGUGUGCGCUUCUUCGCUUCUUCGCUUCUUCUUCCACGUUUCGUUUUAUAGAUGAAGGGUUUGCACCAGGCACACGAGAUCUACCCAAACACACCUUUGUCCGUUCGAGUGACGGAAUUGGAACGCGACAAAAAGACGAAUGAGGGCACGUCAACCAUCUACGACGAAUUGUCCACUAGCUUGAAGCAGAAGCAGGUUUACUGGCUCAUGCUCCCUAUGUGCAACGACACUCGCGAUAUCCAAGAAUACAUCGACAUGAUCAAUCACAUCGACGAAGACUGGCUGAAGAGCCACGGUGGGCUACAGAUCAUCUGCGAGACACCAUUGGGUCUCCACAACCUGGACGACAUGCUCGCGAACUACCCGCAGGUCAAGGGUGUGAUCGCGGGAUCGGGCGAUUACUUUCGGUUUGCUCAGUGCAGGGACGACACGCUACUUCCAAAAUUCCGGUGGGAAAUUAUAAACGCGUGCCUCCGACACGGGGUGUUUCCGAUCGAUGCACCGCCUCUCGUCCUGGGAAUCGAGGAUGGUGCCGCGAUAGAUCAUUUCCAGGGUGGUGCGAAUGCCGGUUACCGAGCGGGGUUGAUUCUCCAUCCCAAGCAGGUUAGAUUGUCCAACGAGAUAUUUUCACCCUGCCCAUCGUACCUCGAAGAGUGCGAACGGCUGAUCGAUCCGUGGCUACAAGAGAGGGAGACGGGUUACGUUCGGGCGUCAGGAGAUCAUUUUCGAGGUCCACCUCACCUGAAGCAGAUGCACUGGAGCCUCAAGUAUGACCACCAGAUUCGAGGAAAGAAGACUUCUCACAUUCAAGCCGUAGAUCCAGACCUGUUCGCGGAUGUUGCCUCUCUGCUCUCGAAAGCUCACCGCGUUACCGACAAAGCUUCCGAGAAUGGUGUAACCAGUGAAAAUGAAACAUCGGUAGAACGGUUCUUGAACACGUCGAUGUUUCUCGCCCUCUCAUCGUCAUGCCACGACCGCCACGAAGACGUCCUUACCAACCUCGGUUAUUUCAACGUGGAAAUAAGCGCUACAGAGGACGGCACCCCAAGAUCUUAUAAAGAGGGAGCAUUUGUGGCUUCCCAGAUCAAGGGUCGGAGGCUCACUUCGGCGGGGAAACUAAUCGUUACUACAGAUGUCCACGUGUUGGACAAAGACUUCAAGACAAUCUGCAAAAUGGAAAAAAGGCUGAUGGAGAAAAAACUGAACUUCGACGACCAUGCCGAGGAGGGUGCGUACACGCACGUCGAUCCCCGUGCAACGCCUCGAUAUACGAGAUUCACAACCGAAAUUGUUCGUUCCAUCACCGAUGGGGCCGUCUGUAUAAACGAAGCCAAAGACAAGACUGUGUCCGUGGACGUCCAUGACGACUAUUGUUCGAUUCUGAAUCUCGACGCCCCAUUACAUCACACUCACAAAGCAGUGAGUGACAGCAAGAUCAAAAACAAGGAGGAUAACCUCGCCAAACCGGUGGUUCCGUCAACGCUUCACAUUUCACACCACGACAUUCAGGGGAUCAUGAACGAAGGAUAUGAUUGUUGUCGCAACGUCACCUUUCACUCGCCAAUGAGACCGGACGAAGAUUUCACGAAUCGUAAGUAUUACGUUGAAGAAAUUGGUUCGUUGUUUGAUCGUAAUUCUAGUACCACCACAAAGCACGAGUCUGCUGCAAUGGGACCGGGUUUCCUCUCCGUCAUUUGGAAUGCAAACGGAGAGCUCUUGUCGUCCAUCCUUCUCAGUAGGAAUAGCAUUAACGAUACGGGGAGCCUUCUCAUUGGUGAUUCCAGUCCAGUAAGUUACACAUUCACGGAAACCGAUGCUUUGAACACAACAAACUACAAUUGAUGCCCUUGAUAAGGAACUACG